UCAAUACCCAUUCACCCCUCAGCCGGCCUCUGUAGCCUGGCCUCUCUCUCUCUCUCUCUCUCUCUCUUCCCUGGAAAAUUCCCAACUUUCCCGAGGGAAAAAAAAAAAAAUACAGUGACGUACACUUGGCCUGAGCUACUUAAUUUUCCAGCAGCUACCCAUGAAGAAAAUGGGUGGCGACCCUCCAAAGGGUCAUCUUUGGCCUCAAAUGGCCUUGACACUUGCUGUGUUGCUUGUUUCAAGCAAUGUAGGAUCUGUCUCUGCUGAUCCUUACAUUUACAGCUCUCCACCUCCGCCUUACGAGUACAAGUCCCCGCCACCGCCGUCGCCUUCGCCACCACCACCUUAUCACUACAGUUCACCACCACCACCAAAGGAGCCUUAUGAAUAUAAGUCUCCCCCACCACCUUCACCAUCACCUCCACCACCUUACCAUUACAGUUCUCCACCACCACCAAAGGAGCCUUAUGAAUAUAAGUCCCCUCCUCCACCACCUUACCAUUACAGUUCUCCACCGCCUCCGCCUAAGGAGCCUUACGUAUACAAGUCUCCACCACCACCAUCACCAUCACCACCACCACCUUACCAUUACGUUUCUCCACCACCACCAAAGGAGCCUUAUGAAUACAAGUCUCCACCACCACCACCUUACCAUUAUAGCUCUCCACCGCCGCCACCAAAGGAGCAUUACGUAUACAAGUCGCCUCCACCACCAUCACCAUCACCACCUCCACCUUAUCACUACAAUUCUCCACCACCACCAAAGGAGCCUUAUGUAUACAAAUCUCCACCACCUCCACCAAAGGAACCUUAUGUGUACAAAUCUCCACCGCCACCACCACCACAUGAGCCUUAUGUCUAUAAGUCCCCUCCACCACCACCAAAGGAGCCUUAUGUGUACAAGUCCCCUCCACCACCACCAAAGGAGCCUUAUGUAUACAAGUCUCCACCACCACCACCACCACAGGAGCCUUAUGUCUAUAAGUCCCCUCCACCACCACCAAAGGAGCCAUAUGUCUACAAGUCUCCUCCACCUCCACCAAAGGAGCCUUACGUAUACAAGUCUCCACCACCACCAAAGGAGCCAUAUGUGUACAAGUCCCCUCCACCACCACCAAAGGAGCCAUAUGUGUACAAGUCCCCUCCGCCACCACCAAAGGAGCCAUAUGUGUACAAGUCCCCUCCGCCACCACCAAAGGAGCCAUAUGUGUACAAGUCCCCUCCGCCACCACCAAAGGAGCCAUAUGUCUACAAGUCCCCUCCGCCACCACCAAAGAAGCCAUAUGUCUACAAGUCUCCACCUCCACCACCACCAAAGGAGCCAUAUGUCUACAAGUCUCCACCUCCACCACCAAAGGAGCCAUAUGUGUACAAGUCCCCUCCACCACCACCAAAGGAGCCUUAUGUGUACAAGUCCCCUCCACCACCACCAAAGGAGCCUUAUGUGUACAAGUCCCCUCCACCACCACCAAAGGAGCCUUAUGUGUACAAGUCCCCUCCACCACCACCAAAGGAGCCAUAUGUGUACAAGUCCCCUCCACCACCACCACCAAAGGAGCAUUAUGUCUACAAGUCCCCUCCACCACCACCAAAGGAGCCUUAUGUAUACAAGUCUCCACCACCACCACCAAAGGAGCCUUAUGUCUACAAGUCCCCUCCACCACCACCAAAGGAGCCUUAUGUCUACAAGUCCCCUCCACCACCACCAAAGGAGCCAUAUGUGUACAAGUCCCCUCCACCACCACCAAAGGAGCCAUAUGUGUACAAGUCCCCUCCACCACCACCAAAGGAGCCAUAUGUGUACAAGUCCCCUCCACCACCACCAAAGGAGCCAUAUGUGUACAAGUCCCCUCCACCACCACCAAAGGAGCCUUAUGUCUACAAGUCCCCUCCUCCACCACCUCCACCAAAGGAACCUUAUGUGUACAAGUCUCCACCACCACCACCAAAGGAGCCUUAUGUGUAUAAGUCCCCUCCACCUCCACCAAAGGAACCUUAUGUGUACAAGUCUCCACCACCACCACCUUACGUAUACAGCUCCCCACCACCACCACCAAAGAAGCCUUAUGUAUACAGCUCUCCACCACCACCACCAUAUGUGUAUAGCUCCCCACCACCACCACCUUAUGUAUACAGCUCACCGCCUCCACCACCAAAGAAGCCGUAUGUAUACAGCUCUCCGCCACCACCACCAUACAUAUACAGCUCUCCUCCACCACCAUUAAAGUCUCCACCUCCACCAAGUCCUUACUACUACCAGUCCCCACCACCACCCACUCCACAUUACCCUCCUUACUACUACAACUCUCCACCACCACCUGUUCCCUACCCUCCUCACCACCAUCACCACCAUUUGAUUGUUAAGGUGGUCGGAAAAGUGUAUAGCUACAGAUGCUAUGAUUGGGAUCAUCCUGAAAAGUCACACGACAAGAAGCAUCUCAAAGGUGCUGUUGUUGAGGUAACAUGUGAAGCUGGAAAGAAGGAGAUCAAGGCUUAUGGUAAGACCAAGAUCAAUGGAAAAUACAGCAUCACAGUUGAAGGCUUUGACUAUGGCAAAUAUGGUGCCAAGGCUUGCAAGGCCAAGCUCCAUGCACCACCCAAGGAUUCUCCAUACAACAUUCCGACUAGCUACCACUUGGGAGACAAGGGUGCCAAGCUGAAGGUGAAGUCUAAGACCGAGGAUGAAGUUGUGCUCCAAGCUAAGGCAUUUGCUUAUGCCUCAAAGAAACCAUCCGAGGAGUGUGAAAAGCACAAGCCAUCUCAUCCUCCUUACGUGUACAAGUCACCACCUCCUCCAGCACCGGUGUAUUACUACAAGUCACCACCACCACCACCGGCUUACUACUACAGGUCCCCACCACCACCGGCUUAUAUCUAUAAGUCUCCCCCACCACCACCACCGGUUUACUACUACAAGUCUCCACCACCACCGCCACCGGCUUACUACUACAAGUCCCCACCACCACCGGCUUAUAUCUAUAAGUCUCCCCCACCACCACCACCGGCUUACUACUACAAGUCCCCACCACCACCGGCUUAUAUCUAUAAGUCUCCCCCACCACCACCACCGGCUUACUACUACAAGUCCCCACCACCACCGGCAUACAUUUACAAGUCCCCUCCUCCACCUUCUCAUCCUGUUUUACCACCAUACCACUACACAUCUCCACCACCACCGGUGAAAUCUCCGCCACCACCAUACUACUAUGUUUCUCCUCCACCACCAGUGAAAUCUCCUCCUCCACCAUAUUACUACGUUUCUCCCCCACCACCAAUGAAACAUCCCACACCUCCAUACCACUACACAUCUCCUCCACCACCAUCUCCAUCUCCUCCUCCACCAUACCACUACAUAUCUCCACCACCACCCUCACCAUCUCCACCACCCCCAUACCAUUACUCAUCUCCCCCACCACCAGUGAAACUUCCCACACCACCAUACCAUUACACAUCUCCUCCACCACCAGAGAAAUCCCCACCCCCACCUUACCAUUACACAUCUCCCCCACCACCAGUGAAACUUCCCACACCACCGUACCAUUACACAUCUCCUCCACCACCAGAGAAAUCCCCACCCCCACCUUACCAUUACACAUCUCCCCCACCACCAGAGAAAUACCCAACCCCACCUUACCAGUACACAUCUCCCCCACCACCAGAGAAAUCUCCUCCACCACCAUACCAUUACAUUUCUCCCCCACCACCAGAGAAAUCUCCUCCACCACCAUACCAUUACAUUUCUCCCCCACCACCGGAGAAAUCUCCCCCACCACCAUACCACUACAUUUCUCCCCCACCACCGGUGAAAUCGCCACCUCCUCCGGUUUACAUUUAUGCAUCCCCACCACCUCCUGCUCUCUACUAAGCUCAAAACGUUUUACCGCAAAAGGAUUCCAAUUAUGUUUUAGUUUCAGAAAUGCAAUAAAAGAAGUCUCCGUGAGUAGAAAAUUUCGUGACGACCAAGCUCAAAGUCCAUGUCCGUUCAAUAAGGUUUUGAAGGAAUCAUCAAUUUCUAUGAGCUACAACCUUUGGAUUUCAAACCAGAAUAUUUCGACUUCUACGGUUGCAAUGUUACAUGUUGUUUUGGUAAUUUCAAGUUGGAGCUGCUUUGAUGGUGAACAACUUUGGAAGAGGAAAGAAAAGAAAUUGGGGACACUGGGAAGUCAAAGAAAAGGCAUGAACUAGCUUGGUUUUGUUUUGUUGCUGUUUGAUUUUUCAAUAUUUUUAUUCUUAUGUGUAGGUUUUCAUAUAUAAUUUAUUACUGUAUAGAGUAUGGCCUUGUAAUUUUAUCAUUUGGUUUUUUCUAUUUAUUGUGGAGAUUAUGUUUUCUCAAACCUUCCUGUGCUUUGGGCCGGCACUGAGAUUGUUAGUAAUAAAAAAAGAAAUAAUAUAUUCCUGUUCUUUUCCCAAAA